AGCUGUGGUAAAUCUAGUGAAAUGCCUGUCACACUUUGAGAAGGAUCCAUCAUGGAUGUUUUGUUUGCCUUUGCUGCAUUUUGCAACCGAUGUGUGCAAGCCAUACGAAGAGUUAGAAGUCGAUUGGAUGCAUGCCGCAAACAUACCAAAAUGGUGGGGAACUGUAGACAUUGAAAAGGACGUCGAAGUAUUCAAAAAGAGCAAACUUAAAUGGAAUAUACCACUUGACCAAGUCUUGAAGUUGCUUCAACCACUGUUUGAGAUAGACCCUUACCUACCGCGGAGUAUUGUGGCAGCCCUGGAGCCAGCCGAAUUGCAUUAUUUGUGUGGAUCAGAAUCAUUUCCUAUACUAGUGUGUAUGGCUUCGUUACUGUAUUGGAGUUCAGCUACAAACCCAAGAUCCUUAUCAAACAUUAAUUUCACGCUGGAUAUUACUGACUCCACAGAAAGGAUUGUUAUCCAAUGUAUGUGGUUGUGCGUACUUCGUUCGAAGGAUAACGCUGUGCAAGUUUCAGAAUAUACACCACCAGUAGCUGCGAAUGGCUCUAGAAGCUCAACUAUUUCUCCCCCAGACAAACCUUUACCUUCAUGUUGCAGUCAUUGCAGUCUGCAUGAUCUGAAUGCAAGAAGAAUGAAGAAGAGGAAGCUGGAGCUUCAGAUUCGAUUAUUCGAGGCCCAGUUGGCGCGAUUGGACAAAGAAUAGCAUAAUGUAAUAGAAUUAUAUGAUGUGUGUUUAAUCAAACAUUACAAGAUAAUUUUGUUAUGAAGAUAAAUUACAGUCAUACUAAAGAUUAAUACUUCAUCUAUAUUGUGUAUUUCUUAUGAUUUCUGGA